AUGGCCAUUCGCUCAGAAUCUGCGAUGAUAUUGCGAGACCUCUCGGCCUUCAACAUGGGACGAGGAGCUUACGACACUACCGGGGUCAAGAAGCCGGUUCCCUGUACCACUACUAUUUCCUGCCCUUCCUGCGAUUCUUUCCUGGCCGCCUCUGGUUUCGGUUUCUACAUCUUUUCUAAUCACGCCUUUUCCGUCGUCGACUUGAUCAUGGAGCGACACGGCCACUACAUUCUUCUUCGAUCCACCAUUUACCUUCAUACGCAUUUAAUCCGCCGACACGAACCAGCUCAGGUCGAUGACCUGUUCCACCAAAAGUGA